CACGCUAAAGAUAACCUAACAAAUUAAAACAUAUACCUUUCUCUUUUGACGAUUUUUAUUUAAUAUUUUAUAAACAUUUUUGGAUUUAGGAAUCUUCUUGACUAUUAUUAAAAUCGCCAUGUCUGAAAUAGAUCCAAAAUUACUUGAAAUAAGAACUACUGAUGCUGAAAAACAAGUAAAAAUAAUAGAAGAAGAAUUGGAUAAAAUAGCUAAAGAUGAUCUCGCAUUUAUAGGUGACCCAAAGCUUGAUAAACUGCUGUCUGAUAAUGAAAAACUAAAACAUCGCUUGGCUAUCCUUCAAAAUGCUAUUAAAUCAGAAGGUAAUCCAAAAUCUGCUAAGAAUGAACCGAAGAAGCGGCCUAAUUUAAUUACGGAUAUUAAUUCCAUCGAAGGCACUAUUUGUAUUUUGGAUGAGUUAAAAAAUGUUUUUGAAAGCGCAAUUGUUUCCGCGUAUCCUUCUUUGGAAAAUCCGCCUGUAGUUAUUACUUUAUCUGGCAACAACCCAAAAUUCGGGGAUUAUCAGUGCAAUUCAGCUAUGCCAAUAUCUCAGAUAUUAAAAUCCAAAAAUAUAAAGAGUAGUCCACGUGAAGUAGCUAACAAUAUUUUAAAUAAAACACCAACUUCUCCACUUAUAGAAAAAAUUGAAGUGGCAGGCGCAGGGUUCUUAAAUAUAUAUUUAAAUAAAGCAUUAGCUGCACAUGUUUUAAAUUGUAUUCUACGCUUUGGUGUUCAACCACCACCUGUUAAAAGAGAAAGAGUAAUAGUGGACUUUUCAUCACCAAACAUUGCAAAAGAGAUGCAUGUUGGACACUUAAGGUCGACCAUUAUAGGUGACAGCAUUUGUCGUGUUUUGGAAUUUUUAAACCAUGAUGUCCUCCGUCUUAACCAUCUUGGAGACUGGGGCACACAAUUUGGGAUGCUCAUUGCCCACUUGCAAGACAUGUUCCCUAAUUUCAAGACUCAUUCUCCCCCUAUAUCCGAUUUGCAAGCCUUUUACAAAGAAUCAAAGAAAAGAUUUGAUGAGGAUGAAGAGUUUAAAAAGAGAGCUUAUUCCUGUGUUGUUCAGCUUCAGUCUGGGCAUCCCGAUUACAUAGCUGCUUGGAAGUUAAUUUGUGAAGUGUCACGUCAGGAAUUUCAAAAAAUUUACGACAGGCUGAAUAUUAAAAUAGUUGAUAGAGGUGAGUCCUUUUACCAAAGCAGGAUGGAUAAGGUUGUGAAAGAAUUAAAAGAUAAAGGUUAUUUAGAGGAAGACGAUGGAAGGCUCAUCAUGUGGAGCAAUCCAGAAACACAUGAUGGAAUUCCACUCACAGUUGUUAAGUCGGAUGGAGGUUACACAUAUGACACUUCAGAUAUAACAGCUAUAAAGCAAAGAGUUGAAGAGGAAAAGGGUGACAGGUUUAUUUAUGUGACAGAUGUGGGGCAAUACACACACUUCAUGACAAUAGAUGCUUGUGCUCGACGAGCUGGUAUUCUAACGGGCAGUAAAAGAGUAGAACAUGUUGGAUUUGGUGUUGUCCUAGGUGAGGAUAAGAAAAAGUUUAAAACAAGGUCAGGUGAUACAAUAAAAUUGAUAGAUUUGCUCGAUGAGGGUCUAAAAAGGGCUUUAGAUAAAUUGGUUGAAAAAGGAAGGGAUAAGGUUCUCACACCAGAGGAACUGCAGCUAGCACAAGAAGCUGUUGCAUAUGGAUGUAUUAAGUAUGCUGAUCUCUCUCAUAACAGAAUAAAUGAUUACAUCUUCUCUUUUGAUAAAAUGUUGGAUGACAAAGGUAAUACAGCUGUUUAUUUGUUGUAUGCUUUAACUCGUAUUAGAUCUAUUGCUCGUACAGCACAAAUAUCAGGUGAGAAAUUAUUGGAAGAAUGCCAAAAGACUGGUUUUAAACUAGAUCAUGAAACUGAAUGGAAGUUAGGCAAAGUCCUUCUCAGAUUUCCGGAAGUUAUACUUAAGGUUUCCAGUGAUUUGUACUUACAUAGUUUGUGUGAAUAUUUAUAUGAAAUAUCCUCGGCUUUUACUGAUUUCUACGAUAAGUGUUACUGUGUAGAAAAAGAUAAAAGUGGUAAUAUUGUUAAGAUAUUCUAUGAAAGGUUAAUGCUUUGUGAAGCCACAGCGAAAGUUAUGGAGCAAUGUCUGGAUAUAUUAGGUAUUAAAACAGUAUCAAAAAUGUAAAAAUCCACUUACAUACAACUUUUAAUACAGUCAUAUUAUUCAAAUUAAUACAUACAUGUUUUUACUAAAUUAAAAACCAUUUGGAUGUAAAACUUUUAUUU